AUGUGUGGCCUGCCAACGACGAAAGGGGAUGGCAUCUCGGAUACCCUUACACCAGCACCCUCUGCCCACGGCACCCCUAGAACUCGUGUCGGCGGACCUAAUGGAUCUACGCAGUUUCUGCCAGGGGUUUUCGCUAUGUGCUGUCGAUCGUCGAUCAUCAUACACGGUUUCUUCAUCGAAUGGAUGAUUGAGCGAACCAAUCGGACGGUAAAGGACGCCCUGGCGGCCUUAGUUCGACGAUCACCUUCACAGUGGCCUCUGUAUCUGCCAGCAGUUCGCUUUGCCUUGAAUUCUGCCAUUCAUCGAUCAGUAUCGGAGCAACCACUAUAUCUUCUUACAGGCCGGAUGGCAUUCUUCCCGAGGGGUCUGACCAACGCGCAGGUGGUAGAUGAAGAAUUGACGGUGCAACGACUCACUGAUGCUCGGCGCCUAGCAGUAGAAGUCUCCCAGCAAUGUGAGCAAGGUGUGAAUGAGAGUGAAUGUAGCAAUGGAUCCAGGUCGCAGAUGUGUAUGCCUAUCUUGUCUUUGUGUUGCAGCCUGUAUCAGAAUCGUCACGUGCGGACAGACGACUUUCCAUGCUGGGGAAGGAGCUGUAGUGUCCCCGUGAGGGCCAGCAAUUUCUAGUUAGACCCCCCAUGGCGUCGUUUUCGCUGUGAGAAUGGGCGCCACCUAUCGAGAUAUAUUUUCCCAAGACAUUUUAAACCAUUGUUUCAACAGUAUAUAGUAAAAUAUCUAUACUUUUAAUAUGGCUAAAGAAUCUCCAUGUGUAUAUGUGUAUAGCAAAACUAAU